AUGGGAAGAAACCCAUACAACCAGACUGUCCACAAAGAGCGUAAACAACCAAACGGGUUAAAAGGUACGUUGCAACGCAGAAAAGAUUUCAUUCACCGUUCUCGCAUCAAAAAAUUGCAGAAUGAAACAAAAGUAUAUUUGCAACGACAGGCAACAUUAAAAAACCCUGAUGAAUACAGCUCUAAAAUGGACGAAUAUGUCAUAGACCGCAAAAAGCACAGAAUGGUUAGAAGAGACGAGAACGAUGCCGAGUCAAUAAAAGAUCUCGAACACAUCUUAAUGGUUAAGAAAAACGCACUCCUUCGACUUCAAAAGCGGUUAUUAUUCCACCGAAGCAAAACAAUCGUAUACAACAAAGCUGGUGUUCCUGAAAAGGUUGAACCGUGCGAUUUGAUUGAUGUCACGCAAAUCUACGAAAAAAUAGACGUGUCACAUGAGCUCGAGAGAAAAGAGGCUGUCGAGGAACAGAUUAAGCUUUUGAAGCAAGACAUUAGAAAGACUGAGCAGACACUCUUAAAUUCACAAAUCAAAGCUAAAGAAAAUGACAAACGAAAGAAGUAUGAGGCAAAGACGUUGACUGGUGAUAUUAUAGCUACUGUUUACCAAACACCAAGAAAACGUUAG